GCUGCAUAUGGUCGGUGUUUUCCCCCAGCAGUGAGAAAGUCUUCACAUAGGAUUCUCUUUGUUCAACAUGAGUGCUAUCUUCCUGAUGUCCACGCUUUUUGCUCUUGCAUGUGGGCAAGCAGCAUCAUUUUGUAUUCCUACUGAGUAUACAAUGUACGUCGAUAGGAGGGAGUGUGCUUAUUGCCUGACCAUCAACACCACCAUCUGUGCUGGGUAUUGUAUGACACGGGAUAUCAAUGGCAAGCUGCUGCUUCCCAAGUAUGCGCUCUCCCAGGAUGUUUGCACAUACAGAGAUUUCAUCUACAGAACAGUAGAAAUACCAGGAUGCCCACACCAUGUUGUGCCUUACUUCUCCUACCCUGUCGCUGUAAGCUGCAAGUGUGGCAAGUGUGACACUGACACUAGUGACUGUACACACGAGGCUGUCAAGACCAACUAUUGCACCAAACCACAGAAGUCCUACCUGGUGGAGCUCUCUGCCUAA